GUCCGCGCGCGACGGAUCGCGAAGUGGUAGGCUUGUACUACUUGCUCGCUCGUUCAGCAGCGAGGUGCGACAAUACAGUUGACUCCGCGCGAGAGAACACGUGCAUAUUUACGUGCAUUUUUUUUCGUGUGCGACGAUAAGUGGAAAAGUGCUUCGUGUUUCCGAGACGUACGUCGCGCGUGGACGCGGACUCGAUAAACGGAUAUAAAUAUAUAUAUAUAUAUGUGUGUGUAUAUAUAUAUAUAUAUAUAUAUAUAGACGAGAAUUUUCGUCUCGUCCGAACCGGCUCUUUAUACCGGGUUUUCGAGCACGGUCCAAUCGCAGCCGCCGUACAGCCGAGAAUGCCGCGGGCCGGUUAAUAUAAAAGCUGAUCAAAUCGCGUUUCGAAUUGAAAAAAAGGAGAAAAAAGAAGAGAGAACACAAAACAAAAAUACCAUUUCGACAACGUGUGCCGGGGGCGUUUCGCACGAUCGCGUAUCGUACCGAGUCGCCCUGAAUUCCCACGAAAUUUCGACGUGGGAGUCGUAUGUCGCCGUGGGAAAUUAAUCGGGCGUGGGUGUGUGCAGCGACAAAAGUGGUUGUUUUCCGAACGCCGAAACUUCUCUCCUGGAUUCGGUGAGCGUGAAACGGAGAAGGAGCGCAGGAAAAGUGAACUCGAAGGAGAUGCGAAGUGGAAAAGAUCCGCGCUUGGUCGGACGAACCGGAUAAGCAGCCGCAUAUAUACGCACACGUGGAGGGACAGACUGACAGAAUCGUUAAAUGAAUGUUGUUGCGGCGGACGCUGGCGAUCGCGACGGGAAAAUCGAGGGGGCACGGCAGGAUCGCUCGAUUUAAAUUCAUAGAUGUGCGAGCGGACGGGCCCACAAUGGUGGCUCGGUUCCCGCAACAAGUUCUGCUGUUACUCGUACUCGUUACUGGAGCGUCCACGGGAGAGGCUGAGGACCCGCGGUGGAGCACGUAUAGCACCCGAAAAACGAGUCGAUCAUCGUUGCCGCGAUCCUGGCCAUCCUCGAGUUUGGAACAUGCCGCGAGGGAAACCAGACUCUCGAACGGCAAGCUUCCGGAAACUACAUCUUGGAGCGUAGACAGAUCGAGCCCCGGAACUCGUUCGGAUCCGAGUUUCCUAGGAAUGGUGAUCGAGAGGUCCGAGGAAGACGAAGAUGGGAGAAGGGUACAGCAGUCACUGGGGAGCAAUGACACCGAGGUUGCGAGGAGGACACGCUAUAACCCGUCCAUCUCGCCCAUGAGCGACAAAAUGAGGAUCCAGACGGAUCCGUCCAAUCCGAUUUCCAUCGAGUCAUCUUCGACGGUCGGCUAUCAUCUCGCCAAGAUUUCGUCGGUUCCUGGAAACUCCUACGACAUAGUGGCGACGUCCGAGACACGACCAUUAUACGAGACGCUUUUGCGCGAGAACUUGAAAAAUAUGACACCGAUGACGACCUCCAUCAUGGUGUCACGACGUCAGACGAGACACAUCCCGGGCAAUCCCGCUUGCGACAAGUUUGAAGUCGGAGAUUCGACGAAGAGGGAAUUUUAUAGCCCGAAUUAUCCGAAGCAGUAUCCAAAUCACACCGACUGUUAUCGAGUUUUGGAAGCCGACAAAGGUAUGUUGCUGAAGCUUGACUUCCGGGACGAAUUCAACCUGGAAGACAGUCCGGAUUGUCGUUUUGAUUACCUUGAAGUACUUGAUGGUCAGUACGGUUACUCUAAUUCCCUCGGCAAAUUCUGCGGAACGAAUUUUCCUCCCGAGAUCACGUCGAAGACACGAUUCCUCUGGUUACGAUUCCACAGCGAUGAGAACAUUGAGGGCAAAGGCUUCAAGGCAGUGUGGAACAUAAUACCGAGACCAACCCAUCCGGGCGUGCCACCGGAACCAGAACCGUGCAUAGUUAACGUGACGGGUGCGCAGGCGAUAAUUCAUAGCGACGACGUCAAAGACAGGAAGAUCCUGGCCGAGAAAGAGGGCAUCGCAUUGGAUUGCAUGUGGACUAUUCAAGUGAAAGAAGGAUGGAAGAUCCAGCUGACGUUCCCAGACUUUAAGCUACUGCGACCGAACGAGUGUGAUGCCAACUUUGUCGACAUAUUUAAAGAAUACACAGAUAUGGCCUCGAUGCAGAAGCAUUUCUGUGGAAGCAUCGCCGACACCGUCAUCAUUCCGGCCACCAUCGCUCAUUUAAGGUUUUACGUGGAGCCGAAAGCUAUAAACAGCUCUUUCGAAGCGGUGAUGACUGCCUUUCGAGACAAGGAGAGUAGUGAAAAACCCUGCAAUCCCGACGAGUACGAUUGCGAGGACGCAACAUGCAUCGCAGCGGAACUGCGGUGUAAUGGAAAGGUGAACUGUCGCUUCCGAUGGGACGAAGACGAGAUAAAAUGUCACAACAUGAAAUCACGGUUGAUCGAUUCGCAGCACAUCGUCAUAAUCCUCGUCGUUUUCUCCCUAAUUAUGUUUGGCAUGAGCUUCGCCUUCGUCUUCAACUGCGUUCGGAAGCUUAUUCGUGAUCACCGCAUUAUCCAGGAGCACAUAAGGCAAUCUAGAGAAAAUCGCUUAGACGAACUGGGUCGAAAGUCAACGCCUUGUCCAAUCUCGAGUUCCAGAACGGAUUUGCGCGAGCGCGACAGCGAAUCGCCGAGUUUGGAGGUCUUACCUAGCAAAGAACUCAUGCCACCUACCACAAUGAUAUCUCAAGAAUACACCAAGGAUCUCGUUCUCGAGAUAGCUUACAACACGAGCGACAUCACCGACAUUCACCAGAGCAAUAACGUGAGCAACGCGACGCAGGAACGUUUGCAGGAGUCCAGCGAGGAGCCGGAAAUGCGCGAUAAUUCCUGCCAAACGAGGGAGAGCCUCUUCGAAUCCCGGAUAUUGGAUUCGAUGGGCUUCACGACCUUCGGCGUGCGCGCGCCCAGCUCUCAAAACGGGACCAAUCUUCAUCAUCACUAUCAUCAUCAUCAUCAACAGCAGCAGUUGCUGCAACAGAGUCCGCAGCGGUCUCACCUCGAGAGCGUUCAGUCCUCGCAGCCGAGCUCGCAGGCGUCCCAGCACAGCUCGCAGCAGCAGAGCCUGUCCCAAUGUUCCGGUUGUAGUCCAGCAUCUCGCGGACGGGACGGCAGUAUGGGUAUCUGUCCGAAACACAAUCCCAUACCGGCACCACCCGGCUGGUCCAUGCACGAGUCCAGCUAUCCUCUCUCCGUGCCGCCAGUCAGCCAGUAUCCGGAUCAGCUGGACUAUCCGUCUUACCAGAGGUACCAGAGCCCGAAACCCGGCAGGGAUGUUUAUCGGCAGUCGCCCAAGUUCGUGCGACAACCGACCGCAGGCUCUCACGAGAGAUACGGCAGUUCCGUAUACGGAUCCGGCCACGGGUCCAGCAACACCACGUCCAGCACGUCGCAGCACUCUUCCGGCACGCCGACUAAACGUCAAGCGCAGCCGGUGGAUCCGAGGUAUCGCGCGGAAGCGGUCAUUGAAGUGGAUCAGAGACGGCCGUUCAGCAUAGAGAGUACAAAGAGCGCUCCGGAUGUAAUCGCGACGCACUGACGCCGGGAUUCUGGGGAUUGGGAGCCCUACAAGAGACGCCAUCCCCGGCAAAAUUCUACGACGACGAUACGUAAAGACGUCGGAAACAAGGUGACCGUCGCCACGCAGAGCUCGCUCGAUGACGACGCCUCAACGAGCUCCACUAUGGAAGCGAACUCCUCCUCUUGAUCCACGUAUCGCGAAUCGUCGAGGAUCAAUCAGUCGUCCGAGACCGAUGUAUCAAUCAAUCGUUCGAGCAACAAUGUAUCAACUCCGAUUCGUUUGAUCGAGGAGAGGAAGCAUAUCGAUAAACCGGUUGAUGAAUCGAUCGGGCUCGAAGAAUCGGCAGCGAACAACGCGGAUUCACGAUCAAACGGUCCUCCCAUUCCGCGUGAUUCGAUAAAUCGGACGACAGUGAACGAUUCGCUGACCUCGAGACCGUGGCGGCGAGCGGAGACUGCUUUAAAAUCGCACGACUUGCCGAUUUUGCGACCGCCAGAGGGCUUCAGGGUACCCGUGUUCAGAUGCAAGACCCCGUCCCUGUCCUGGCAACACUGCGGAUGCCUCUCGCACACGCAUCCAUUGCCGCGACGAUCGUCGAUCACCUGGAGUGCCUUCGAACGAUGCAGCAUGGACCCCAUGUAUCGAACCUGGCCGAAUCGAGCUGCGAGGCGACUCGGACGACCCACGAGGAGGACCGUCGGGACUCAGAGCUCGCUUGACGGCAUUAAAUCGCCCCUCGGCAUUCUGCGAUGCGUCGUCAGGUCGAUCGACAUGACGAAGAGAUCGCUGGACCAGGAGAUCGGGGCUUCUAUACCUUUCUAGUGUUUGCUUUACGAGAUUUGCGCCGCGCAAUUCGAUCUCGCGCGCUUUCGAGUCGCCGUCUUGGGAAACAACACACAAACUACUUCGAUCUCGCGACCUCGAUACCCCGAGACGAUUGAAAAAUAUAUAUCAAUGUAUAUAGUCUAUGUAUAUCUGCGGUAUGUUUACUAGUGCAAUUCGGAUAGACAGUGAACGAAGACUGUAGUCGCUUAAAGGGGAUAAGAGUAAAACAAUUGUUGCCGCAUCUAUCGGACGAUCCAGAUAGGUGCGAUUAAUCUGUUGGCGAUAUCACGAAUUUGUGACAAAAAUAAUCGGAGAUAAUUCUUGUGAGAACCAUGCAUUUUACCGUGUGAACAUCACGACAAUCGCUGCCUUUCACGUUAACUACGUGAUAUAUAAAUUUGCGAAAUAUAGAGAAAAAAAAAGCGAAAGAGAGCCAAAUCAUACCGUAAACUUCAGGGUAGUACUUAAGCGCGAUUAAAUCGAGUCGCUUGAAACAUUCACGGAGAGAAAAAGAAGAAGAUGACGCGCGUGCCGUCUAUUACAGAAGCUUUUACUUGCAUUAUUGAAUUUAAAGAAACAUUUAGAAUAUAUAUUAAUUUACGCAAACGUUUCUCUUAAAUAUUUUUCUCACGAUUAACGAUAUAAGAUUCUCGUAUGUAAAAUAUUUAUUUUAAGAUUACAAUUCGAAAUAAUAUUCUGGCAAUAAUAUUAAAAUUGAUUUUAAGGAGGAUGCAACAUAAGAAAUUUAUAGCUUAAAAUAAUAUAUUUUUUUAUGUUUCUCCCAAUUAAAUCGAAAUCCCGUUCAAUUUUUUAUUGUUAUUUUUAUUACAAUGCACGAUAACUUCUGAUACAAAAUUUUAACAUCUUUGAAAUCUUUUCUUUGAAAUUUGUAAUAAGACAGCUUUUAAGAUACGCGCCUUAUCCGAUACUAUUUAUCGAUUUUGUGAAAUCUCGUGGGCUUAAUGGCACGUAACAUAUCGGGAGCGAAAUCUCAUUUGUUCCUACAUUGCAGGAUCGCCCGGGAACGCGAGAAGCGAAAACCGAAGGCUAUUAAUCACUCGUCAACCGAAGAGAAAAACAAACUUGCACAACGGUCUGCGGUCUUUACCGCUUAGCAGAGAGAGAGACACGAGUAAAGUGGCCCACGAGAUUUCCUCCGAAACGACUAAUUAUUUCGAUUAGAUUGUUUAGACACGUAUUUUGUGAAUCGUCGAUGUCGGUGCAACAAUAAAGAAAUCUAGCGUAUAUAGCGUACAUUUGAUAAAAGAAUCAUCAUCAGAUUCAUACAACAUCAUGCGAUUCUUCGAUUUCCAUCACGUAAUCUAAUGCUUCGCGAAACGAUACUUCUUCUUUAGGAACGCCCCAAUCGCGGGAAGAGGUUUUCAAUAAAUUCUUAAACCCGUUAAAGCUGAAUCGGGUCACGAUUAACGUCGAAAUAAAAAUACAAUGUUUUAUAGUAUCAACAAUUUUAGACGCAUAUGUCAGUUGGCGAAUCUUAGUCAAUAAAUAUACCGUUUAACGGUACUUCGGCAGAGAAUGCGAUUAGCAUCGAUGAUCGGCGCCGAGAGGAGAUCGCGACGAUGUUAGGUAAACUAUUUUUCCACGUGGUUUCUGCAAAAAAUGUGCGAGUCUGCGCGUGUCCGGUCAGCGACUAUAUAGUUCAAGAGAUGCAUUUAUAGUUCGUAAUACACACAUGCACGCGUAUAUGAAUGCGUUCGGCACGAUUGUGCCGAAAUCAGCGAAUCCUCCGAUCGAUCGAUCGAACAUGUUGGUCACUGUUCUCCACAAGAAUGCAAUGUUCUAUUUCCGGCGGUGGCAUAAAUAUUCCGGCCGGAAUCGAAUUAUCGGAUAAACGGCGGCCUACACGUUUGUUUUGCGAAUGCCGUGGGAGAUGUCUGAAAUCAGAUGCGGUUUGAUAACAGCGUUAGUGUGCACGUGACGGUUAUACUGGUUUCCACCGCGUUCUCCUUUACAAGUUCCAUUCGCAAACCGCUAGAUUGCCCAGUGGCUCUCUGGCUGGAUUGUCUGUUAUUAAUUCUUCCGUGUGGUUAGUUCCUUCUAAAUGUUAUAUAACAAGUCAUAAACCAUUGUAUCUUCAGUCUACUGAUUUAGAACUUUGCACAAGUAUAAUUCGAGCGGAAUAAAGUAGCAUAAAUAAAUAGUAAUAAGUUGCACUUUUCGAACUUUGACGCAUAGCGUAUACCUAAUUCUUUUACAAGUAUAUUCCCUAUCUUUUUAAACAAUUUUUUAAACUAUAACAUAUGUAUUAUUGCUUUAUAUUUAAUGGAUCGAUUAUAAUGUUCUUUACUAUAUGUUGCCUUUAUUGAUGUCUAUUAUUACGAUUGUUAUUUGUAAGAUCUCUUUAUUUGACUUUUAAUGCUAUAAUUGUGGUUUUAAAUUAAUUAGAUUAGUUUUUCUCUCAUAACUUGGUACUCUGAUAAUUAAAGUACUUAUCUUUAUUGAAUAUGGAGUUUUGCCAAGUGUUUCUCUGAUGAUGAAAAUUUAUAUUUCUCGAUUAAUGAAAAACGUGAUGUGUUACUGUUGUUACUAAUGUUAUUAUUGUUAUUCUAGUAUUAUUUAAAAAAUGUAUAGAAAUAAUUGUAUAUAUUUGUGUGUGUUACGAAAAGAAAUCUCUUGCAAGCGAAUUAAAUUCCUUUGAGAGGCGCGAUAAAAAGAAUUGAAUUCUGCAUUAUUGCGAGGAAACACGAGUGGUUUGUACAUAUGUAUAGUCAGACAUAUCCGACGCAGUAGUAAUACCGACAAUAUACUUCAACUUGACGAGCACGAUUUGUCUUCACAUAUUUCUUCGUGCCAUUUCUGCGCUUAAUGGCUCACAAAGUCAUGCAGAAAAUAUACAUGUACUAAAAAAAAAAAAAAUAAAAAAAAAAAAAAAAAAAAAAAAUCAGAAAUAACGACCGUGCGUGCGCAGACUGUUGUACUCACGACCAGAUUAUUAAUUAAAUUAGUCAAUUAAACGCCGAUCGUGUGAAGAUCAUGUGCAUGCUAACUACGAUCUAAAGGACUACGUUCACGAAUGCAGUUUUUACAGAAAAAACAGGACCUAAUUGAAAUUCCCGUUUGUGUACAGAUCUCAUGUUAACGUUUAACAUGUAGAGCAGAAUGUACAGAGUGUAUACAUUUGUAUAUAAAGUAUCUACAACACGGCUAUUAAGAAGAUACACGCCGAGAUAUGGAUUAUAUAAAUAUAGUACUUUUAAAGUAAA